ACAAUGCUAACUGUUAGCACGGUUUCUGUUUUGCUGCUUGCUGUGUGUGGUUACCAGAGUUGACGCUGACUACAAAAACGAGCAAACUUUUUAAUACAACAGUUAAUACUUUAAAUAACACCCGCGUAUUCGCGUCGGGCCGUAAUUAUGGCUCUGCAAGGCUCGGAGGAGCUUGGGGAGCAGGUCGAGGAGCCAGAGGAUCUUGACGACCAGGAUGCUAGUAGCAUCUCCCCGGCCGAGGAGAUAACUCUGCCCCCGGGGCCUGGGGGGGACGAGGAGUCCGAGGAAGCGCUCCUACUGCCGUGGGACCGCUUCUCCGCCUGGCUGCACUGCAUCUGUGUGGUGGGCUUUGACCUGGAGCUGGGCCAGGCCGUGGAGGUCAUUUAUCCUCAUCAUUCCAAACUGUCGGAGAAAGAGAAAACAAGCAUUUGCUACUUGUCUUUUCCAGACUCCAACUCAGGUUGCCUCGGCGACACACAGUUCUGCUUCCGGUUCCGUCAAGGUUCGAACAGGAAGUCGUCGCUGGGCUGCUUCCUGGAAACGGCAGAUCGGGACGCCCCGCCCUGCCUGAAGAGGGAACAAGGUCAUUACUACGGAUACGUGUAUUUCCGCCAAGUGCGAGACAAAUCUCUGAAGAGAGGAUACUUCCAGAAGUCUCUGGUCCUGAUCAGUAAGCUGCCCUACGUGACCUUCUUCCACUCGCUGUUGAAGAUCAUGGCUCCAGAAUACUUUGAGAAACAGGAGCCCUGCCUGGAGGCCGCUUGUAAUGAUAUCGACCGCUGGCCGACGCCUCAUCCCGGACGAAUCCUCACGCUGCCUAUUAUGGGGGUCGUCCUGAAGAUUCGCAUCCCGACCUGUUACGACAAACCAGGAACCUCACAGCUGGUCCACUCGGCCCAGAGCGACAGUCUGGUGUCCAUCGUGCUCCCCACCAUCCAUGAAGUCGACCUCUUCAGGUGUUUCUACCCGGUCUUCUUCCACAUCCAGAUGCUUUGGGAGUUGGUUCUGCUCGGCGAGGCGCUCGUUGUCAUGGCGCCGUCCCCGGCGGAGUCGUCGGACACGGUGCUGGCCCUGGUCAGCUGCAUCUCUCCUCUGCGCUACGGCAGCGACUUCAGGCCCUACUUCACCAUCCACGACAGCGAGUUCAAAGAGUACACCACCCGCACGCAGGCCCCCCCGUCGGUCAUUCUGGGAGUGACCAAUCCCUUCUUCGCAAAGACCCUGCAGCACUGGCCACACAUCAUUCGCAUCGGUGACAUGAAGCAAGCAGGGGAGAUGGCCAAGCAGAUGAAGGUCAAGAAGCUGAAAAACCUAAAAACUCUGGAUUCAAAACCAGGUGUGUAUACGGCGUACAAGCCAUAUCUCAACAAAGACGAGGACAUCAUCAAGCAGCUUCAGAAGGGCGUUCAGCAGAAGAGACCCUCGGCGGCACAAAACGCAAUUCUGCGACGCUACUUCUUAGAACUGACCCAGAGCUUCAUCAUUCCUCUGGAGCGGUACGUGGCCAGUCUGAUGCCCCUUCAGAAGACCAUCAGUCCCUGGAAGAGUCCUCCUCAGCUGCGGCCCUUCAUCCAGCAGGACUUCAUGAGAACCCUGGAGAAGGCAGGACCUCAGCUCACCUCCAGACUGAAGGGAGACUGGAUCGGACUCUACAGACAUUUCCUGAAGUCUCCCAACUUCGACGGCUGGUUUCGAAACAGGAGAAGAGAGAUGACUCAGAAGCUGGAGGCUCUGCACCUCGAGGCGCUUUGUGAGGAGGACCUUCAGCAGAGAAUCCAGAAACACACGGAGGUGGAGGCGGUCGAUCUGGUUCUGAAGCUCAAAGACAAACUGACUCAGGCGGAGAGGGAGCAGCUCCCGCUGCGCCCGGGAACGAUCACCAAGCUCAGAUCCCACAUCGACGCCGUCAUCCUGGCGCUGCCGGAGGACCUGCAGGGCAUCCUCCACAAGCCCCCCACCCCCUGACCUCUGACCCCCCCUGACCUGCAACACUAACCACUCCUUUUUAAAGCCGGGGCUCGGGGAUUCUUCCCGUUCUGGAGGGGGGAACGCGGUCCCGGUCUGAGAUCUGCCGGGGGGGUCCGACGGGAC